AUGGAAUUGUUGUCACGCGAAGCAGAACAAAAUGCGGAAAUGCUUAUCGCUUUUGUGGCUCCGCUCGGAACAAUACUCACAGCUUUCCAGCAGCGACACGCUCUGCGAAACACGGACUGGGAUCACACUCAUGGCCUCACCGCCACCAAACCCUCCACGGGAGACGCUGGAAAACUGUUAACCAAGAAGAGAGAUGGCGAACGGCGCUGGGAACGACCAAUGCUCGUGCCCUUGCUCGAGGAAGAUUUCGCGCCUGCGAACGGAUCUUCACACCAUGUCCCUGCAACUGGACGACUGGCGGCACCAGCUCGAGGAGAGUUUUCGCAAUCACCAGAACGAGAUGGAGAGUUCACUCGCGUUCGUGGAGCCAAUGGUGAUGUCGCUCGCUUCCAAAGUUGAUAGGUUGGAGGAGAUGGUGGACAUGUGGUACUCAGCUGACGACGAAGAGGAACAGGAACAGGAGCAGGAACAGGAAGAGGAAGAAGCCGCAGCCGCCGCCGGCCCCGCCCGCCGCCCGCCCCGUUCGAGCCCGCCCCGGU